UGCCUCAGUGUAUCGUGGGGCACGGUGGGGGAGAGUGCCGCGGCUCCCUCUCUCGUGCUCUGGCCCUUCUUUGCGCCUUGCGGUUAGUGUGCGGUCAGCGGAGUUCUUGCACGGUAGAGGCGGUGCUCGAUAAUAUUUUGAAAUUGUCACACCCAAAGAAAAUGGAUGAAUAGACCGCAUAGAAAACGUGGCUCCUAAUCACGUAUUUUGACCCUGGUAAUAUUAAGUCGCGUUGAAGUAAGGAGAUAAAAUAAGAGAGUGUGUGUAGUAUUAAGAAAAGAAAGGAGAAAGAUGAUUAUAUAAACAAAGUGAGAAAUAAGGAAAAUUAAGGUGCGAAAAGAAAGUUGGAAAACAAGAGAAGGGAGUUACGUGUUAAAAGGAAAAUAAAGAAAUUUGAUAUAUCUCAAAAUAAAUUUUAUUGGGAUAUAGAGAUUUAAGUACGAAGGUAAAAUCAAGCAAGGAAAAAAUCACAAGAUGGUGCGUGGAACGGCGAUCAUCCGCCCAUCCGGCCACACCCGCGAGAAAAGGGACUAUGAACGUGGGCGGUUACGAUGGCAAGAUCGCGGGGUUGUACGACUUGGAGGAGACCCUGGGACGAGGCCAUUAUGCCGUCGUCAAGUUGGCCAGACACGUCUUCACGGGAGAGAAGGUGGCCGUCAAGGUGAUAGACAAGGUGCGGCUGGACGAAGUGUCGCGGUCGCACCUUCUGCAGGAGGUCCGAUGCAUGAAGCUGGUGCAGCAUCCGAACGUGGUGCGCCUGUACGAGGUCAUCGACACCCAGACCAAGCUCUAUCUCAUCCUCGAACUGGCCGAUGGAGGGGACAUGUACGACUACAUCAUGAAGCACGACCGUGGGCUAGAGGAGGAGGCGGCGUGCAAGUACUUCCGGCAGAUCGUGCACGCCAUCAGCUACUGCCACAAGCUGCACGUGGUGCAUCGGGACCUGAAGCCCGAGAACGUGGUGUUCUUCGAGAAGCUCGGGAUGGUCAAGCUCACGGACUUCGGCUUCAGCAACAAGUUCUGCCCCGGCCAGAAGCUGGAGACGUCGUGCGGGUCGCUGGCCUACUCGGCGCCGGAGAUCCUCCUCGGGGACUCGUACGACGCGCCCGCCGUGGACAUCUGGUCGUUGGGCGUUAUCCUGUACAUGCUGGUGUGCGGCCACGCGCCCUUCCAGGAGGCCAACGACAGCGAGACGCUCACCAUGAUCAUGGACUGCAAGUACACCAUCCCCGAAUACGUCUCGGAGCCCUGCCGCAGGUUGAUAGCACGCAUGCUCAUUCGUGACCCUUCCAAACGCUCUACAUUGGAGGACAUAGCACAUGACCCAUGGCUACAGGAGGGCAGUAAUGUUGAUAUGGCAGAACUGAUGCCCCUUGUAUCCCGGCAACACCUGACAGAAGAGGACCACGCGCAUAUCAUCCACAAAAUGGUGUCGGGGAACAUUGCGUCCAUGGAGGAAAUACUAGAUGCACUGGAUAAGAACGAGUACAAUCACAUAACGGCCACUUAUUUUCUGCUAGCGGAACGUAAGUUGCGUGCUCACCGGCAGCAGCAAGCAGAUUUGGCAAAGAAUACAGCUACGAGUCCUGUCAUGACCAUCAGAAAAUCCGGUGGCAGUUUAGAUGAAAGCAGCCUCCCCACUUCCUCAGAUUCAGCCAAGUUCACUCAGGAAUUGCAGCUCUCCAAGGAUGAUAUGAGCAAUGGCGUACUUCACAAAAAACUGUCAGAAGUUCGGACUGGGGGACGGAUGAGAACCUUCAGCAUUCUUCAUGCUGGACAAGGGGCAGAGAUCCAGGAGUGGCUCACGAAGUGGAUCACGCAGUGGCUCUCGCAGUGGCUCUCGCAGUGGGUCACGCAGGGGUUCACGGGCAUCGAGUAAUUCCUCUCUCAAGGAUAAGUGUGUUCGGGACAUGAAGCUGGAUCUUUCCCUCCUUCACCGCCUGGAGUGUGUGAGGCGAGGAAGUGGAUCACAUCAGGGUUCCCUGCAGAGCUCAGCAGCCACUUCCCCCUCAGGAGAUGACCCACCCUUGCCUGAGCCGCCUUUCCCUCCCUCUUCCAACAUAGGUGUGGGGCGAGGGAGGGCCAAGAGUGCAGGGACGUCUCCUGCCACCACACCACCCAGCAGUCUUGUUCCUACUAUCAGCACUAGUAGUAACAACAAUAAUGGCAAUCCCCAGAGUAUGACUUUACCCCCGCCCAGAGUCACGCCACAGUCCUCUGUGUCUUCUUCUCCCACUUCGCAAGCAUCCUCUCCUACUUCCCCUGGCCCACAGCAGAUGCCAUCCUCACCAAAGAAUCAGGGCUCAUUCUUCAAUCACAAGUUCAAAACUUUACCAUCACCUAACAGGCGGCUGCACUCUGUCCGGUCUUCGCCGCAGCUGAUGCUCAAUGAAAUCUUUGAGGAAGGGGAGUCAGAUGGGGAGGGCAGUGGUGGCAGUAGCCGUGCAGCAAGUACAAGUGGAAGUAACAUUGGGGGGGCUGUGGCUUCUCCUGUGGUCAUGCGUAGACACAGGUUAGUGAGGUCACGCACUGCCUCCUGCAGUUCCUCAGAUGCCUCAGAUGAUGACCAGGAAGCACGCAAGAGGCGACAACAGCGUGCACUCACAAGGCAUUUAUCAAAGGAUGUACAAGACGAGCAGACAGAUUCAAAUGAGUUUUCACAGGUGGUUGCUUGUGAAAUUGCAGAAGAACAGGAAACAAUUGAUAUUAUAGUCGAGGAAGUCUGUGAACAGCCUAGUCAUGCACAGCCGUCAACUGACUGUAAUGGUGGUUUGCAGGUCCAAACCAGUACAAGAGGGAACAGGCCACUCUCUGCUGCCUGUGAUGAUGAACGUAAGAAUGGAGCAUUAAAAGAAGAUAAUGGUAGCACAGAAAAUAUGUUAGAUAUAGACACAACCUUACGAGAGAGUCGUUCUUUAAACUGUAUAGUUAUGGCCACCGGUGAUCAAGAAGGAGAUUUUCCUUGCUGUAGUGUGUCAGAGGCAUCUCUCCUUGACCAGUGUGCAGGAAGCAAUAUUACUGUAUCAACAGACAAUGUAACUACUAUUUAUAUUGAGAAUGGACCAUGUGUAGAUGUUGCUAACGAGCGACGACCUUCACAGUCAGGGAGUUUAGGUGGUGAUCGUGUUGUUAUACGUGUCACAGAUGAUGGACAAAAUCAGGACUCGGCUCAGGAGAGCAUGAAAAAAGCAGUUGAUGGAAAGCCAAAUUCCCUGAAAGAAAUGGGAUCUCCUCAAGAAAUUGGUGCUAGUGAUGUGGUGGUUGGACUGGUGGACUCUCCUCGGCUGGGGCGCACAGCUGGGGCACGACCAGUUUCAGAUUCACAGGUUAUCACACGACCCCCACAGUCACCAUCUAUUAUUAAGUCAAUGUCACAUAUAGAACCUCUUAGUGGGUGUGGGGAUCGACCGUCUAGUAAAUUCUCCCUCCGGACUAGUGCUACCAAUGGCUCGCUGGCGGCCGGAAGGAAUCACUAUGUCAUGGACAUCAAUCAAAAUGCAGGAGGACGAAAGAAUCGCAGUGAAAAGUCUAAUGGUGCGCUUGCAAUACAAGGGACAUCCAAGUGUUGUAGUUUGUCCUGAGGCUUUGGCCAAAGGACUGAUCACUAUAUAGUCCUACAUAUGAUUUGAGUGUAGUGAAAAUAUCCCCCUCAACCCAGGUGUAUCCAGUGGUAUGAAUAAAUAUAUACAU